UUUUUUUUGAAUUAUUCUUAUUAUCAUUAUUAUUUUAGAAAAGAAACUAUAAUUGGUCAAAAUAUACAAAUUUAUAAUUUUUUUUUUCUCUUUUUAUUCUUUAUUUUAUUCUAUAAUAAACUUAUAAUAAUCAUGUCUAGCAUCUAUAACACUUCACGUUUGGAUAAAGGGAAAGCACGAACCCCUGUUCCUCGUCGUGUAGGUGCUCCCUUACGUCCAGGCGUUGUUCCACAGCGUGUGCUUCAACAGCGACAAUUUCAACAACAACAGCAACAACAACAACAGCAACAAGCAGCUGAUAUUACAUUUAAUGAGUUUCAUCUCAUGUCAGUUGCAAAACGAGGACAACAUCACUUGAUGGAUUUCAAAACCAAUAAAGCAAUCGAUCCAAAAAACUUUGCACGACCCGUCAAAUUACAUCGUAAAGAAACUAAUUUUGUUCCCUAUCGUCAAUACAUUCAAAAUUUGAAUGCACAAAACGCUGCUAAAGCUGCUAAAGCUGCUGCUGCUGCUGCUAAUGCUGCUGCUAUUAUGGCUGGUAAUUUGCCAACUCAAACAGAAGAAUUAAAUGAAGUUCCAACACCUACUCAUCAUGGCCCCAAGACGGGUGCAGAUACUUCUUUAAUUGCUCCCUUGGGGGGUGCUACUCGAAACAAGCAAAUGUUAUUUAAAAAGAGAACUAAACAAAUUUAUCUGGCAAAGGAGGAUACAAGAGAGAUUAAAGAACAAGAACAUAGACCUUGGAUACUAGAGGAUUAUGACGGUCAAAAUAGUUUUACUGGAACCUAUGAAGGUGGCCAACGUUCAGCUUACGUAUUCUUUGUCUUGACUGAAAGUGGUUUCAAAGUAGUCCCUGUUGAUAAAUGGUAUAAGUUUCAACCAAAACGUAACUUUAAGACCUUAUCACUAGAAGAGGCUGAAGAGCAGUUAAAGAAGCAACAAAAACGUGAAAAUGGUAGAUGGAUGAUGUUAAAGCGUGAAAGUGAGAAUUCUAAUUCUGAAGCUGAUGCCAAUCCUUCAAGGAAGUUCAAAAUUGUUGAUACGGGUGAUAAUAAUAGAGGCGGUUCAGACGAUGAAGGUGGUAGACAAGAUUCUGAUAUGGACGAUCUUGACUUUGAUGAUGUAUUCCAAGAUGAUGAAGAGGGUACUGGAGAGCAUGAAUUAGAAGAUGAAGAUGUUAGAGAUAGCAAGGAUCGUAUCAAGAAAGAAAUUAAGGACUAUUCAAUUACAGGUGGACAACAGGAUGAUGUUGAUGAAUUUGAAGACAAUAAUAAGUUAACAUCUGAAGGCAAGCAAUUACGUAAAUUAGUUCGUGAUCUUGAAAAGAAUCGUGCUUAUGAAAGUGAUGAUGAUGAAGAUCCAUAUGCUUCUAGUGCCGAUGAAGUUGAAUCAGAUCAAAACGAUGAGGAGCAAAAUGAAGAGAAUGAAAAAGAAAAAAAAAAUAAUAUGAUGCCACCAAAGAAGAAGGCUACAGCAACAGUUAAACCCAACAUACCAAAAAAGAUGACUAAAAUUAAAAAGGAAGAAUUAUCAAAGCCUAUUAGUCGCCCAGGAUCGCCAUCAUUCCAAAUCAAAAAGGAAGGAUCUAUUUCUCCUAACAGACCUUCUUCGCCUGUCAAUACAACUUCACAGAUGCGUCCUAGAUCUCCUUCUUUAGCUAGUCCCUCAUCACCUCAUAAAGAUAUUAAUAAGAAACGUAAAAUGGAAGAAAUAUCAGGUGGAUCUAUGACAGAUAGUAACAAGCAUAAAAAGACCACGACAUCAACAACUUCAUCAGAUGAGGCUGGGCUUAUUACUGAACAAGAAGUGAUUAAUACUUUACGUGGUAAGAUUAUGACGACUAAAGAAUUCCUUAUGAGCUUUAGAAAACGUAUCAAGAAAGAUCCCCGUAAUCGUGAUAUUAUUACUACCUUAUUAAGAAAGGUAGCCAAGAGUAAUAGAUCCUCGGAUCCUAAUACACGUACACUUGAAUUAAAGCCAGAAUUUCAAUAAUUUAGUGUAUAAUAAUGGUAGAGAGAAAGAGAGAAAGUGUCCUUAUUAUAUUUUUAUGUAUAUAUUUAUAUUUAAAGGAUUAUAAUAAAGUCAUAAAUUAUA